AUGUGCUCGCCAGACGCCUUCCUGGCCAUUCUGGCCAUCCUCUUCCCGCCCAUCGCAGUCUGGAUCAAGGUUGGCGUCUGCUCUGCUGAUUCUCUUAUCAACAUCGCCCUUUGCUGCCUGGGGUACGUCCCAGGUCUGCUUCAUGCAUGGUACAUCAUUCUCAAGUACCCAGAGGCAGACGACGAGCACCCAGAUGGAUACAGACCCAUCGUUGGACACGGACAGCGUGGAGACGCUGAGGCGGGCCGAGUCACAUACUACUACAUCGCCCAUGAGCAGGCUCACCCUAACCAGCACUACCAGCAACAGCAGCGCUCGUAUGGCACCAAUGUAAACUCCGAGUCAAGGGCUGCUCCUCCACCCCCAGUUCCUCAGAAACCACAUCAGACCGGUGGCGUGCCAGAUCAGGAAAGCAGCAGUAGGCCUGAGGGUGAGCACAGGGCUCCACCAACCUACGCUGAGGCUGUUAAGGGAGACAACAAAAUCCAGUCUUAA